AUGGAGAUCCCAAGCCCAGGCCCAGACCUCGUCUUGACGCUUCUAUUCCUCUGCCUCGUCCUAGUGUGCAUGCUCUGCAUUGGCUGUCUGAUCCUGGUCAUUCUUGUCAUUAGACUCACUAUUCACGUCCAACAAGGUCCACCAAUCGAGAUCAAGGAGACGAAACAUGGUCACAAGGAGGAGGUUAAGCAAGAAGUCAAGAAAACUAUAAAGAAGUUGGGCGAACCCGUCCAAGAAUUCUUUCAUUCAGCACAAGAUCAUCUCAAGCUUCCAAACAACCCAUUCACAAAGAAACCAAUCUCUCGAUCUCUUCAUCUAUCAUCCGAAAUGGCUUCUCACGUUCAGAACAUGGUCGCUGUUGCCCUGCCUGACGGCAACACCAUCAUGUUCCAAGUCAACAAGGACUAUGACUUGGUGUAUUACGAGAGCCGAACUCCUACCGAGAGUGGCUCAGGCAGGAGAAAGUAUGAUUCUGACAUCUUGAAGAUCCGGGGAAAGCCUGUCAGGGUCAACCCUAAGCUGCCCGUCGUUGCUGCUGUAGCUUUCCAGCACGGAGACUGUUACGACGGCAAAGCUCAUGUUAGAGUUUACUACGUCGACAGGGACUCGUUCGCGAUUCGCGAGGUCUACCGUCAGGGCGGCAACGGUGAGCCCUGGGAUGACGCAGAACACUUCAACAACAGGGGCCUGGUCAUUUCACCUCAGAGCGGUCUGACUGCGAACGUCUUCCAGGCUCCCAACAACAAGAAGAACUUUCAGAUCAAGCUGUACUACCUGCGCGACAACGAGGACCCCCACCCUGAUGUUGCUUUCAACGUUGUGGCUAUCCAGGAUCUGUGGGAUACACGACCUAACAUCACCCAGACCUAA